GCAGCACCUGCGCCAGAAGCUCGCUCUGCUCCCGACCAGCAGGCAUGGCCGCCCCGCAGCCCGGUCGCCCGGGCCUCCGCGCCCACCCCGCGCUCGGCGCCCUGCGGCUCGCCCUCCUCCUGCUGCUGGCCGUGCCGCUCGCGGCCGGCGACCCCUGCCCGUGCCAGGAUGCCGCGCUCUGCCGCCCCAUCCAACAGCGCCGGGACUCUGAGGUCUUUGUGUUUCAUGUUGGACAGAAAACUUGGAAAUCUUAUGAUUGGUCACUGAUUACAACUGUGGCAGUCUUUGGAAACUAUGACUCAGAACUUAUGUGCUAUGCUCAUUCACAAGGAGCCAGAGUAGUGCUAACAGGAGAUGUAUCCUUAAAGGAUAUCAUUGAUCCUACUUUCAGAGCAUCUUGGAUAGCUCAAAAAGUUAAGCUGGCCAAAACACAGUAUAUGGAUGGAAUUAAUCUAGACAUAGAGCAACGUGUUAAGUGUUUUUCACCUGAAUAUGAUGCAUUAACUGCUUUAGUCAAAGAAAUAACAGAGUCAUUCCAUCAUGAAAUUGAGGGAUCACAGGUAACUUUUGAUGUAGCCUGGUCUCCAAACCACACACGUAGGUGCUAUAAUUAUACUGGAAUUGCAGGUGCUUGUGACUUCCUCUUUGUGAUGUCUUAUGAUGUACUAACUGGCGUCUGGUCAGACUGUAUUGCAUCAGCCAAUUCUCCCUAUAAUAAGAUAUUAACUGGAUAUGAUAACUAUAUCAAGAUGGGCAUUGACCCUAAGAAACUUGUAAUGGGCAUUCCCUGGUAUGGUUUUGAUUUUACUUGCCUGAAUCUAUCAAAGGAUGAUGUUUGUACCCUUGCAAAAAUCCCUUUCCGGGGGUCUCCAUGUAAUGCUACAAUGCAUCAGGUGACCUAUAAAAUUAUUAUGAAGCAAGUAAACAGUUCUAUUUCUGGAAACCAGUGGGACAAAGAUCAGCAGUCUCCUUAUUAUAACUAUAAAGAUCCUGCUGGCCAUUUUCAUCAAGUAUGGUAUGAUAAUCCUCACAGCAUUUCUUUAAAGGCAGCAUAUGUACAAUACCGAGGCUUACGUGGCAUUGGCAUGUGGCAUGCAAACUGUCUUGACUACUCUGGAAAUGCUACAGCCAAACAGCAAACUGAAGAAAUGUGGAAAGCCUUAAAACCAAAGCUGUGACAGAGAUGAACAUCUUCUGUCUAUUAAGAUUUAGAAAAAUGACCUGUAUAAAUAGAUCUAGUUUCUUGAAGAGAUAAAAAAUGUAUACAUUUUUGUCACAUUGGCUAUAUGUUUUAGUCAUUUGUAUACUUAAAAACAGAUAAAGAAUAAAGAAAUGCUUUGUUUAAAGUUGAAAAAUAAUACAUAUUUAUAGUUUCAGGGUGCAGAAACAUAAAGAUAAGAAACAAGUCAAUUUACUAUAUUAAAUAUUCCUCUAUGUUUAGUACUCUAAUUAGGAGCAAUUACUUUCAGAAUUUCAUUAUGCUAGUUUUUUCCUUCAUUAUAUUAAAAUAUAAAAUUAAUGCUAAUUUUUAAAAUAUAUAUAAUUUUCAGUGGAAGUUCUUUGCUUAGAAUAGAUUUUUAAAAAUCAGUCAUUGAGAAGCAGUUACCUCUGUACUUUUUGUUCAAUAAAUCCAAAUUUAAAACCUAUAA